CCUGUCCGGGGUGUACCCCGCCUCUCGCCUGUAGAACAGGCACCAGCUCCCCCGCAUCGCAGAAGAAACGAGUAAAGAAAAUGGAUGAAUGGAUGGUUAUAAUAAGACAAAAUGUGCAAAAACCUCUUAAAAAUGCUAAAAGAUUAAACUUUUCCAAGGCACCAACAAUCACAUUCCUACAUGUUCAGGACUAUUUCAGUUACACUAAAGCAAAAAAGCAUGCAGCACUAAAUAUUAAAGUUUAAAUAUUUUAGUUUUUUGGUUAGGGCUUUGAGUCUCAAUACUCUUUGACGCCUAAUGUAUUUUUAAAGUUUGAUUGUAAGCUGUCUUUUGUCAGUUCUGUCUUUUACCCUUUUUUCAAUUGCAAAAUGUUAUUAUACACACUGUAAGUCCUUGUGAAAGUGUAGGUUUUCAGAAAUACUUGAUUUUACAACAAAUAUGUUAAAAUGUGAAAAGUCAACCAUGUUUGUAAUAAAAUUGUUAAAAGUCUUUUCUUGUAACAUUCUAUCUACUGCAAUUGGAAAAUGUUUUUAAUGAUAACAAAAAGCUGAGGAAGUAAUGAAUAAAUGUGGGCUAAACUCUGGGCCCGUGUGAGGCUGAAGACCGGCCCUGGUCAUCCCUACAGGGCUGCUGCAGGUGUGGCUUUGAUCUAAGUGUCAAUAUUUACAGGUCGAUGUAAUAAAGCUGCAUUCAAAUCGCUGCCAUCCUGUUGGCCCUUAAUAAUAUGGCUACUUUCAGCCAAUGAGCGACAAGCCCGCAGAGAUCAAAGAGGAGACGAGCCAACCACCUUUUCUCCAAGCAGCCAUCCAGCCAUGGAUCCGCUGAACAGCCUAUAUAUUCAGGAAUUCAUCCUGGGAAACAAAACAGCUAACGUUCUUAUAUCCACCCUCAUAGACAGUUAUUCUCAGCCCUGGAGCUGUUUGACCUGAUGGCGACUGGCGCUGGUGAGUGUCCCAGCAAGGCCGCUCAGUACCGGGUGGAUCACCUCCUCAGUGCGGUGGAGAGUGAGCUGCAGGCCGGCAGCGAGAAGGGAGAUCCCACCGAGAGGGACCUGAAAGUGUCCCUUGAUGAACAGGAGCUGUGGCAAAAAUUUAAGGACCUCACAAACGAGAUGAUAGUUACAAAGAACGGCAGGCGAAUGUUCCCGGUUCUGAAAAUAAAUGUCUCCGGACUGGACCCAAACGCCAUGUAUUCUUUCUUGCUGGACUUUAUAUCAGCGGACAACCAUAGGUGGAAGUACGUGAAUGGGGAGUGGGUGCCGGGAGGUAAACCCGAACCCCAGACUCCCAGCUGCGUGUACAUCCACCCAGACUCCCCAAACUUCGGGGCUCACUGGAUGAAGGCUCCGGUCUCCUUCAGCAAAGUCAAACUCACCAACAAGCUCAACGGCGGAGGUCAGAUUAUGUUAAACUCUUUGCACAAAUACGAGCCACGCAUCCACAUCAUUAGGGUUGGAGGCCCAAGAAGAAUGAUCACCAGCCACUCCUUCCCAGAGACACAGUUCAUUGCAGUAACAGCUUACCAAAAUGAAGAGAUAACAGCUCUAAAGAUAAAGUACAACCCUUUUGCCAAGGCCUUUCUAGAUGCAAAAGAAAGGAAUGAUAACAAAGAUAUGAGGGAAGAAGCAAAUGAAAACCCCCAUUCUGGCUACUCUCAGCUGGGCAGCUGGUUUAUUCACAGCACGGGAAGCCUGUGCCCCCCCACCAGUCCUCAUAGUCAGUUUGGGAGUCCCAUCGCCCUCUCGCCCUCCCACGGCUGUGAGCGUUAUUCCAAUCUGAGGAACCACCGCUCUGCUCCCUACAGCAGCCCAUACACUCAUCGGACCAAUUCCCCUACUGGCUACUCAGAUAACUCAUCAAGCUGCUUGUCGAUGCUCCCCAGCCACGAUAACUGGUCCAGUCUGCAGAUGCCAACCCACUCAAGCAUGAUGCCCAUGGCCCACAACUCCUCCUCUGGAGCCAACUCAAGUCAGUACACUAGCCUAUGGUCUGUGAGUAACUCCCCAGUGUCCCAGAGUGGGGGGUUAAACAGCUGCCUGGGGUCCCAGUUCUUCCGGGGAUCAUCCGGCCACUAUCCCAGCAUGCCUCACUCUGCCACAGUGCCCCCCUCUGGCUCUCCCAUGUAUGACACCAGCUCAGCCACAGAGGUGCAGGAUGCUGCUCAGUAUGAAGCCUCACCCCAUGGACGGCUGCCCUCAGCUUGGACCCCUGUUACGCCUCCAUCCCUUUGAUUAGAGUAUCUGAGGAUUGAUUGAGACCUUCUCUCAAGGACAUUUGAGCUCUUCUUACUCUAAGGAUGAAUAUACUUCCAGGCCUUUUUAAACACUCAUUUGAUUGGUGUGGAGUAUUUCAGGGUGUUCUUUCUCCUGAAACAGGUGAUAUAAGAAAAACCAGCAGAGGUCUAAACAAAUCUCUGUUUAUUUCUAAAGAACAAAAUGUUUUUUUUAAUUAUUAGUUGAUCAGUUUGAUCUGCUUAUAUUAAGCAUAACAUUGAGAGCAGGAACUCAUAAAGCUCUAUUAAUAUGAAUUAGAAAUUAAAAAUGUUUAUAAUGUAAAUGAGAGAUCAGUUUAGGCUAAAUAAAUGGUUUUUUUGUUUGUUUUUUUAGCAAAUGUUGCCUUUUUAGAAGCUAUGGUUCAAAGAGAAAUAAUAAUUUUCUGCUUUUCAUAUCAUUAAAAGUCCACUUUGUUUAAAAGUC